AGGUUAUAGACUAGCAGUCCACAUAACUUUUUUGUUUUCUUUUUAUUGGUAACUAUUUAAAAAUGUAGAAAAGUUCAGCGGAUUCCUCAAACCUGCUUCAAGGCGGUGUCAAUAUUAUUUGUCAUGCGUCUUUCGCACUGACGUUGAACAUUCCCAACGAGUUAUUACAGAAACAAUUGAUUUAAGUAUUUUUUGUGUCGUCUUUGUCCCACUACUUUUCAUAACAAAGUUACGCAACUGUCCACAACUGAGCAUUAGAUGGCGCUAGUUAAAUGCCAAAUGCAAUUGUUCUAAAAAUGUGUGCAGGUUUCAAGUAUUAGAAUAUAAACAGAAAACCAGGGAAUGCUUCAGAAAUUUGCGUCCUGUAUAUGUAAAUAAAACUAUAUAUAGCCUUAUUAUUUGUGCCAGGUAAAAACUCUCGAAAUUAUAGAAAUGAUUUCUAACUUUGUGGCACUUUUUAAAACGUUCAUUACGACGCAAGCUUGUUUACGUGUGACGUCAGAAGAAGCACACGACGCGAGCUUGUUUACGUGUGACGUCAGAAGAAGCGAAGGUUUUACAAUUACAUUUUUAUUGCGUUAUAUAUUUAUAAUAUAUUUGUUACUGUUUUUGUACAGAGCACGCCUUUUUUUAUAUAUAAUAUUCAGCACAGACAUUCAACCGUAACAAUAUUAUUUUAAAAACGUCUCCGCGUUUUAAAAUAAUUGAUGGAUAUAUUAUUGACGAUGCUUUGUUAACUGACUUCCUAAAAUUGUUCCUCGUUCCUCUCGAGGGGGCACGGCCCAAAAAAAACGUUUAUGUAACCAAGGAAACCAAUCAACCGCACGGGUUUGUGAUCUCUUCUCGCGAGUUCAAGACGACAGCCUCCCUACAACGCAGUAUCGCGAUGUUUCCACUCCCUUAGCGCUGAAUGCCUUGUUCUCGCGAGAUGUUGACAGCAGCGCCCCCUCCUUGUUCUAAUGCGGAGAGGAAGGGAGGGGAAAGCCUUUUCAAAUACACAUACAUUUCAAAAUCGCAAUAGAAUAUAGUAGAAUAUUUUUCUUCAAACUAAUGAGUCGUGCAUUUAUGUCGUGGAUACAACGUUUGUUUAUUCAUCAGACGUGACGCUUUCUACGCCACGGAACGAACGGAAAACGGCAGGAUAAAUCCUAAGAGAAGCGGCCUAUUUUUGUUCCUGACAUCCUGGAGCCGCAGCUCACACUGUCGGCCGGUGUAAUUAACAUCAAACGGACGUCAAACUCGCGGCUUUUUCGCUACACGCGGGCCGCAAAAUAAUCCGCGAGCACGCAUGGUGAAUUACCGGCGCACGAGCUCCAGCCGCUUGCGUGCGUCUGAAGAUUUGAGACAGAAAAGCGGCCUGUUGUUCUUUUUGCAGCGGCUGCGCGGCGGACAAUAACAGAGUGCUCGCGCUCAGAUCCGCGCACGGUCGUCUAUCACCGAUCACAUAUAUGCACCGAGAUUAUAAAUAAACCCCUGGAAUAGCGUCUCAAACAAGGACUGCUUGGGCUGGGAAUGAGGCCGAGAGUGUAACGUUAAUCGGUGCUCUGUAUUUGAAUUUGGUGGUAAUCGGAGGCCCGGUGGGGUGAAGAGCGCCACCAGCGUGUUGUUGUUGGAUUUUAAAACGAAACCGUAUCACGGGAUUUUUAUGGAGGAUCACUGAUCGGUCGUUGCAUUUGAUUCGGACCGACGUGGAUGGUGAUGAUGAUUCGGCCGAAUUUCGUGCCGUGGAAGAGGUGCAAACGAUAAAAUGGAGCGGUUUUAACGAAUGCGAUGCGCGGAGAGGAAUUGCGCGUGCUCGUGCGCCGAUAUCUGGUGAAUUCUCCUUUGCGUAAAGCAUUCCUUGCAUUGCAUUUCACAGUCGACGGAAUAUCGCAAGCCCGGGUGCAUCGGCAUUGAUGAUACGUGGGCUGCUGGCGGGACCGAAGCCUUUUCUUUUUUCCUCCCCGAACUGGAUCCGUCUAGCACGACGCUGCUGAGAUGAACCCGGUGAAUGCGACCGCUCUCUACGUGUCAGCUUGUCGGUCGGUGCUGCAGUGCGAUCCCCGAGACCCCGAGGCUUUGACGGAAAUUUUUAAGCUCUUGCCUUUUUUCAGACAGUCUCUCGGCUGCCUUGUUUGCGGUAAUUUGCUCCAAGAUCCGAUAGCCCCGAACAACUCCUCAUGCCAGCACUACGUCUGUAAAUCAUGUAAAGGGAAAAAGAUGAUCAUGAAGCCAUCGUGCAGCUGGUGUAAAGACUACGAGCAGUUCGAAGAAAACAAGCAGCUAUGUAUCCUGGUGGACUGCUACAGAAAGCUCUGCGAGUACAUCACGCGCUCUCCUCUCGCCCAGCACAUUUCAGGCGCCGUGGGAGUGUCCUCGGACAUAGUGGCUCUGUUGAACGAGGGCCUCUCAUUGGACAACGGGGACGAGUCUCUCUCUCUCUUUUUACCAGACCAGUCCCCUACAUCGUCGGCAUCGGAAACGCUCGCCGAUGAGGGCCAGUCCCCUUCAACGGAGGAGCAAGGCCUCAGUCCUCAAGGGGUCAAUGGUCUUCAGGACUGCAACGGUUUGACCAAUGUAGAGGAGUUGACAGCAGGUUUACCUUCACUAGGUAAUGUUCCAGACGCGGCGGACAGUCAGGUUGUGAAGGAGGAGAGUUUUGCGAGCGAGAUCCCCGUGUGUGAGGCGGUGGCCGCCGAUGAGGAGCUUUGCACCAGCAGCAUGGACAUUUGCGAGUUUGGAGAGGAGGAUAUUAAGCAUGAUAGUGGAACUCUCCUUUUGAGCGUUGAGGAGGUACUCAGGACUCUGGAGCCAGACAACGUAACCCAGGAUCAAUGUUCUGUUCUGUUACCGUCAACUCUCCAGCCUUCUGGAAGCUCAAAUGGACCCUUCGCCUCCGUCGACAGCUCCACGCGGCAGCUUUCCUCGCUCCCGCGGGAUUCACAAGAAAGUGUCGCACCCCAGCACCCAACGUCUCAGCAUUUUGGAAUAUCCUGCUCUGCCGUGACGCCAAGAGGCCCACGGACCAACCGCAAGCGCUCGCGGUCGGAAAGCGACAGCGAAAAGAUUCAACCCUUGCCUAUUUCGACCUUCAUCCGGGGUCCCGAGCUGGGCGCCUCCGCCCCUGUCAAGUGCGAACCCAAAUCUCCCGUUCAAACUCUGCCUCACAUGGCGGCGGUGCCCAACGGCGGCAGCCUUCCCAAAGUGGCCAAGACGUUACUGGUGCCCCCCAAAAAUGUCAAAAAGACCCUCGACCAUCACGGGCCCAAAAAAUCAUGCACUAAAUCGAAACAGGGAGCUCCUAAGUCGAAGGAGAAGACGAAAGAACGGAUCGUGAGUAACGCCCUCAUUCCCGGGAGCCCCACGAAAGUGGUUUAUAAGAAGGCGCAGGAGAAAAAGGGUUGCAAGUGUGGCAGGGCGACCCAAAACCCAAGUGUUCUUACAUGCCGCGGCCAACGAUGCCCCUGUUACUCGAACCGCAAAGCUUGUCUGGACUGCAUAUGCAGGGGCUGUCAAAACUCUUACAUGGCCAACGGGGAGAAGAAGCUGGAGGCCUUCGCGGUCCCAGAGAAAGCCCUCGAGCAGACGAGACUCACUCUGGGCAUCAACGUCACCAGCAUCGCUGUGCGAAACGCUACGGGCAGCGGGGCGGGCGGGAUGCUCAACGUCUCCGCGGCGGCCGGCUCGCCCGUGGCCUCUUUUUUGGCCACGGGACCUCACGAAGAAAAAGGAUUUGAUGAACCAUUGGACAUGAGAUAUGACUGAGCACCGGAAGUUAGUUUUUAACCAUCACCCUGUGUUCCAAACCGAAGGGCCGGUGCCACCGGAGUUUGUGAUAAGGCAGCUAUUGUGAUUCUGUUUCAGUUCACAUUGUCAAUUAAACUAACUAUUGCUGAAGCUUGUGCCUCUAAAUCAUUUGUACUAUUUUGUCGGUUCUUUUGCACACUGUUAGAAGAGGUGAAAGUGUUUGAUUUGGUCCAGUUUUAUUUGCGGAGUAGUACAAGUGAUCUAUGUGGCACGAUCUUUGGCAAGAUAUUCCUGACCUCAUUGUCGCGGGUCACACUAUGUGCAUAUGUUGAAGAUUUUCAGAUUGGGGUUCGGGGAUGAGACCUGGUGAAUGAAAUGGUACCCUACAGCAUCAGUAGAGACUGGUUGUAUUUAUAAACGUUUUUUGUAUACAGACUUCAAUUGAAAGUACAUUUUAUGAUAUAUUUUGUAAGUUACAUUAACAACAUUUGCAGUAUUUAUUGGGUAUCACUUAACAUAGAUUAUGGUCCUUCCAGGCCAUCGGCUGUAUACAAUUUCUACAGAUGCAAGUCACACAAAUGCAGUAUGUACGGUUUCUGUCUAAGUUAUGUUGUCGUCCUGAUCGUGCUAGUUUUUGCUGUCUCAAAUUGUUAUUUUUUUCCCUUGGGGCAUUUAAAAACAUGUAAUAUAAAUGUAACAUAUUUCCACUAAAAAAGACAAAUCCUAA